CGGAGAGGUAUAAGAACUUGGAGCGCCCUCUCAGCAGUCAGUCGAGCCUUUGGAUACAUGGCGAUGUCACCAAGGCAAACUGUUGCACGAGGAUUUUAACGGAUUAUUCACUUGGUCCAUCUACACCGUAAAUUGGAUUUACCCGUGGAUUUUCUCCUUUUGGAAUAUACAAUUCAUAUCACGAUGACCCUAGAGGAGGUUUCUGGAUGCAACACUACUGAUAGAGAGAUGGAGGCAGUAAGUCAAGCAUUGGAGGAACUGCUGGUCGCAGCCCAACGCCAAAACUGUCUGACAGUUGGUGUCUACGAAUCUGCAAAGUUGAUGAACGUGGACCCAGAGAACGUGGUGUUGUGUAUACUUGCCACAGACGAGGAGGACGAAAGUGAUGUUGCGCUGCAGAUCCACUUCACGCUCAUCCAAGCCUUUUGCUGCGACUUCGACAUCAACAUCUUGCGCGUGUCUGGUAUGACGCGUCUUGCACAGGUCCUGGGCGAACCCCCUGCAGCCAGCAACGUCAAUGAAUCAAAGGAUCUUCACUGCAUCCUUGUCACUAACCCUCACGCUGACCACUUGAAACUCAACGAGGUUGGAAGCUACUGCAAGGAGAGUCGUUGCAACAACCAGUGGGUUCCCUCUUUAUCCUUGCGAGAACGUUGAAAGAUGCUGCUGGAUGCCUGCUGGACUUCGAGUUUCAGAUUGGUGUUGUCCACUGAAUAGGAGGACGUUACCAUCAGUGACAGGACGUCUCUCUGUUGAAAACCCCUCAGGACACAGAUGCUCAUGGGAUGCACUGGGGCUGACCGCUCAUCUGACGAGUGGUGAUGGGACAGUCUGGUUCUGAGGAGAUCUAAGUGAGGACUAUCACCAGGCCAAGAAGGAUGCUUGUGCAUCUGUGGUGCCCUCAGGAGCCCAUGAAGGUCACAUGCACAGCUCCUCCUGGUCUAUGGCUGACUGGACAGUUGGAAUAGGCUACCUGGAAGCCCAUUGGUGGUGCAGGGGUGCACAGGGUGGUCGUUCAGGGGGGUAAAGUGGGACUGAGUCACCAGGGCCCCAUGUGUAUAGGGGGCCCACACACAGUCUGAUUUAUGUAGAUAUAUGGGCUGGGGGUCCAUAGGAGCUGAUUGUACAUAGGGCCCACAAUUUGCUGCUACGCCCCUGGUGGUGCACUGCACACAGCUCAACAGGAGUAGUAGAAAAGCUCUGACUGAAAAACAUGUGUCAAAGGUCAAAAUGAAAUUGGGUGGUUUCUGAACCCUUUAAUGUGUCGUUGAAUCAACAUUAAUAUAUAUUAUUUAAUUGCCUUUGUGUGGUAUGUAACUUGGCAUGGAAUGAAGUUGUUCAACACAGCAAAUACAUAAUAUAUUUGUUAUUUAUUUAUUUACAGAUCUCAAGUUGUUUACAUUAAAAUAUGGAAAUAAAGUCUAAAACAUUA